CCUUUAAGCCCUGGGCGGAGCUUGAAUAUUGAACUUGUAAUUGUCGUCUGCGGUGAUAUCAUAACACUGCAAUAUGAGGACGCGCUCAUAUGACCGCGACCCGUCUCCAUCCCUGGGCAAGACAUAGGUGUAACUGGGGCAAAAGGUAGGCAUGGGGAAUAAAAGAAGGAAGGAUGCCAGCUGAGCUUCUUAUCUUUCUGCCACUGCUACCGCUGCCAGCUUCAGCCUAAAGAAAGACAGAAGAUGGCUCAGUCUGUGAAGAGGCCCAAGACUAUGGGAGCCAUGGACCACAAUCCCCAGAGGGACAAGACCAGGACCAGCUACUUUGGCAACGUCAAGACCAGGCUGGGUUCCAAGCUUCCUCCUGGUGUCUCUCAGCCUCCGCAGUUCGCUAAGCGGCUCUGGGAGACUCAAUCUCAAGCCCAAGUAAUGACAGAGCCCGCAGCCCACAGCCAGCAUCAGCACCAACCCGCAGUGGGCCGGCCUCUUAACCACACCCCCCACAUCAGAAACCCCAAACUGCGGCAGUACUACCUGCAAGGGACUUUAUGUGAACUUAACAAUACUGAAGUGAAGCAAGAGCCUAUGAGUGGACCGUCCGAUGACAGUACACGCAGCAGGGGUCUCCCUGGGGACACGGUGUUUAGCGUCUCAUCUCAGUUUAUCGGUACAACCACAGCAGAAGACGGAAAAAUGGCUCAUCGUCCUUCCAUUUGCUCUUCAAAUUUACCCUCCUCUUCUGCUACCCUCAUCCCAAGAGAGCAGCUGUUUGUGCCGAAGGAAAAAAACUCUUCCACCGGUCAAGGCUCCUCUCAACCAGAACCGAACUCUGAUCCUAAACUGAAGCGAGAGGCAAAGGCUGUUCCAGACUCUUUGGAAACACUCACUGCUCAACCUCAGCCCCCCUCACCAGAGGCAGAAUAUGACAAACUACUGGAUGUGGAGACGGUGCCGAUGCCUGAUGGACAGCUCUGCUUAUUGGCUCUGCCACCAGAGUGCUGUCAGGGGGAGGGACCAGAGGCCAUGCGGUACCUUAAACUUUUCUGCCGCAACAUCACAGACCGUAAGGGUGUAGUUUCAGGUAUCCUGUUGGUUACGCCAAAUAAGAUAUUCUUUGACCCGUGUAAGACACAUGCUCUGGUGAAGGAACAUGGCUGUGAAGAAUACCUCCUGUCGUGCUCUGUUGAUAAUCUGGCAUCUGUCGCCUUCUUCUCUGACAUCUCACAUGUUCACUUCAACACGUCCCAGCAAAGGAGAAAAGGAAAGACAUUUCUCCAGAAGUUGAAAACAGCCAGAAGCCAAGCAAGCAGCUUCCCAAUCCAAAAGGAGGAGUCGGUCCCAACUGCGCUGCCUCCAUUAGAUUUGUCCAGUCUGGCUCUAAGCCUGACCACAGAGGUUUCUGGGGAGGAGGAGGCAGAGAGCAGAGACAUGGCGGAGGCUGAGGGGGAGCUUGAUAGCAGCCCUCUGGAGGUGCUGUCAGAGGCGUCUGUAGACAGCCUGGGAGUGGCUGUCCUGAGCAGUGCUGCCACCUUCUGCUGUGGAGGUCAAGAGGUGCCCGGUAAAGAGAAGACGGAGCUGCUGCACACUGAUGAAAAAGGGAAGUCCUCUGUGAAGAGUCAGACUGCAGUGCCUCGGAGGUCAUCAGCAGAAAGUCCUGGGAGUCUGAUGUUUGUGCGACUGCGGGUUCAGCCAUCUGCGGGAAAGAAUCAGAGUGCAGGAGGUCUUCUGCUGGGGUUGGUCAAAACUUUACCAAGAAGGGAUGCCUGGCUCGCCCUUUCACAAGAGAGUUCGGACGAGCUGUACGCCUACCUUUCACACAGUCGACCAGACUUGUGUAUGCUUGAUGGAGGGGAGGAGGAGGGGGAGGCAGAUCAUCACGAAGAAGAGUUUGUACUCAUCUCGGACAAAGAGGAAGAAGAAGAGGAGGAGCACGAGGAGGUUUUCCAGAGGCACCGCAGCACAGGGGACGACUGGGAGAUGGUGUUGAUGGAGGAGAGUGGGCUCAAGCCAACCCAGGUGAUCGACAGCCACCCUGACGGACUCAGUAAUAUCGUGGCAAUCAGCCAGAUUUUAGAAGCUUCACACGUCAGUGAGCUGUGUAAGGAGCUUCCUCCGAGGACAAUUGCCCGCAGCUGGCAGCUGGCUUACAGCACAUCCCGUCACGGCGCUAGCCUCAAGUCCCUCUACAGAAAACUCAGUGCAACAGACUCCCCUGUGCUCAUUGUAAUCAAGGAUGAGCUUAAUGAGACAUUCGGGGCCUUCCUCUCUCACCCUCUACGGCCCAGUGAGACGUUCUACGGCACAGGAGAAACAUUCCUCUUCAUGUUGCAUCCUCGUUUCAAGUGCUUCAAAUGGACUGGAGAGAACUCCUUCUUUAUUAAAGGAGAUUUGGACUCCUUUGCUAUUGGUGGAGGCAGUGGUCACUUUGGUCUGUGGGUGGAUGAGAAUCUGUAUCUGGGUCGCAGCAGCCCCUGCUAUACUUUCAACAACUGUUGCCUCUCACAAACAGAUGACUUCCGAGUCAUGGAGCUGGAGGUGUGGACAUUCACCUGAAGAUGCUGCUGGGUUUCUCUUUAGGUCGCCUGGUUCCUGCCGAUCAGCACUAUCAAGACAAAUUUAGCCGUUCAUUCAUUUCAUGGUAGCAUCCAUGUAAAAAAAAAUCUACCACAAACUGCUGGAUUUUUCAGUGUGAUUAAGUGCUGUGGGUUUAAGUGAACUGAAAUGAACCAAACGAGGCUGAUCUUGAACAGCUCGAUGUCUUGGAGUCAGGGUUUAAUGGUGGACUGUUAUACAGUUGACUCAUUCCUGUGGGUUUGGCAGCCAAACUGUGAACUGAGUUGAACUGUAUACUUCCAUUCCUCCUUUUUGAAUGGAGUGAGUUACAUGUCUGAGACUGCACUUUACUUUUAAUGUGAAUCAAUAACUUCAGGAUAUGUCAUUAUUUAGCGUAUGAACAUGAUGGUACAUCUGUGUUUAAAGGUAAUGCAUGUCCCCACUUUCAUAUAACUGUGUUCAGUUUAAAGUUGAAAGUUUGAAACAUGUUAGUCUUCUUAUGAAUAGAUUUCUCUUUUGAAAACCAAACUACACACACACAGCCCGAAGUCCAACAAAUACAUACUCCCGUCAUUGGAACACCAAUUCAUUUUUAUGGGUUUUCAUUAUUAUUGUUAUUGUCAUAGACAGCAUAAGAUAACACUGACCACUUAGAGCUCCACUGUGAGAAAAGCUUCUCAAUUGAAGAUCAUCAACACUUGCAAUGGAUUUCAUUGUCAUGCGUUACUAUUCUGAACUCUUUACAUUUCAAAUGCUGUCUCAUGCAACACUGCAGUUCCUGAACAUGAACUGUAUCCAUAACUUGCUCUCAUUCUGAAAGCUCAAUCUACUUUGCUUAAGUUGUACGGUAUUGUAGAUUAGUUAAUAAAAAUCAGCACAAAGUGAGCGUUUAAUCUCUAAAAACAUUUAUAUGACUGAUUGUUAAACUGUGCAGUGGGUGGUAGAUGUUGCCAAAAAGCACACAAUUCAGUUUGUAUAAAAAAAAAAAAAUGUUUUUAUUAUUUCACCUCUGUGGAAAAGUUGGCACUGGUAGGUUACAGAAUAAGAUUGUUUUCCCCCUUAAGUUACCCCCGAUUAGUUCAAGGUUUUACAUGGAGAGAACCUUGCUGACCAUGCAAGUGCAAUACUUUCGCAAAGUCACUUAAUGUUAAUCUCCUUUUUCAAAAUUUCACUGUAACUAUUUAAAAUUUUAUUUCCAGUCGUUUUGCUAAAAUUACCAGCAAAAACAUUGUUUUGACUGGAACCCUAAAAGAGGAAAUCAGCUGUAUAUGUAGUAAGUGCCUACUUUCAAACGUAUGACCAAUUGGUUCCAUUAAGUUACGUACAUAUGAACCUUAACAGCUGUUCAAGCUGCAAUCCAGCUGCUGUACAUAUUUCAAAUCUUUGGUGUGGUCACAACAUCUU